UCUUCACCUACACUGCCCAUUUUCAGAAGCUCCAUUUUUAUGGACAUUUAUUUCCCUCUCUCUCCCCCCCUUCCAUUCUUGCUUGAAACAACAAUACUCUCUGCAACUACCUUCUUCAACAAAUCUACCUCACCUCCAAUUUUCUUCCACAACCCUUUUUCAUCUAUAUCUUGUAAUUAUCAUGCUAAAGGGUAGCCAUGAGAAUAAUCUUUUGCUAAAAAUGGAGACUUUUUCAUCUGUGAUGAACUUUUAGGAAGCUUGCUUUAUGGCCUCUUCUGCGAUCUAAUGCUUCUUGUUUGUGGUUUCCGAGAUACACAAGCUCUCUCUUGGAUCGUAUCUUGAUUGUUCAAGCAGGAAGACAAGCAAAAACUCAACUUUGCUUCUCAUGGGUGUUAGAUUAAAGCAAGACGAGCAACUGGGUAUCACUUAUUGGUGCUGUGUUCAUGAGGUUAUUAUUUUUACAGCUUCUUCUUGUCAAAGUUGGGGACUUUUGGUGAGUUUGGUUUGGUAGUGUCGACAUUAAUUUUCUCAUAUACUGAUUUAUUCAUAUGGUUUCUUCUCCAUUAUUGCAAAUGCAGCAUAUAUUCAUGAAGCUCUCUUAGUGAACAGUUGUGCUUUUUAACCUUAUUGACCAUUUCUAAGAAGGAGCUUGUAUAGUGGUUCUUUAGCGUACAUAGUUGAUGGUUUUUGGUAUUUUCUUAGCUGGUUUCUAAGAAUUUCUCAUCUUGGUUUAAAUAUCCUGAUCAACAAGCAAGUCGCAAUCAAGAAGUCCUUGUCUAGCUUAGAUUUUGAUGGAUAACUAUCCAACCACAAAGUUGGUAUAUUCUAUGAUCUUUGUAUAUUAAGGUUGAGCUUGUGCAAUGGCAAUUUCCAGACAUUUGGUUAGAGAUUUUCUAACAUGGGUUUUUAAGUUUUGCACAUUUGGGAAUGCUGGAGUUCUUGUUCAACUUGUGGUUCUAUCGGACUUAUGGUGGAUGGUUUCAGGCCUAGGCUCCAUGUCUACCAUCGCCAUUUCUUAUGGCGAGAAUGGCCCCGUUUUUUGUGGCUUAAAGUCAGAUGGGUCUCAUCUUGUGACCUGUUAUGGUUCUAAUUCUGCUAUAAUCUAUGGCACUCCAGCCCGUUUCCCUUUUAUUGGCUUAACUGCUGGUGAUGGCUUUGUCUGUGGGCUUCUUAUGGGAUCUAACCAGCCAUAUUGUUGGGGAAGUAGCGGGUACAUUCAAAUGGGUGUUCCUCAGCCUAUGGUCAAAGAGGCUGAGUACAUAGAAAUCAGUGCAGGUGAUUACCAUUUAUGCGGCUUGAGGAAGCCAUUAACAGGCAGGCACAGAAACAAUUCUCUUGUUGAUUGUUGGGGUUAUAACAUGACCAAGAACUAUGCGUUUGAUGGACAGAUUCAAUCAAUCUCGGCUGGUUCUGAGUUUAAUUGUGGGUUGUUUUCUCAGAACAGGAGUGUUUUUUGUUGGGGUGAUGAGACUAGUAGCCAUGUGAUAAGCUUAAUUCCUGAACAGUUGAGGUUUCAAAGGAUAUCAGCUGGUGGGUAUCAUGUUUGUGGGAUUUUAGAGCUGGAUUCUAAAUCCUUUUGCUGGGGAAGAAGCUUGGACCUUGAGGAAGAGAUCUCUGUGGCAUAUUCAAGUCAAGGAAACGUGGAUUUGCCUCCAAGUGAUCCAAUGCUUUCUAUUGUGGGAGGAAAGUUCCAUGCUUGUGGGAUCAAAAGCUAUGACCAUGGAGUGAUUUGUUGGGGUUUUAUUGUAAAGCCAAGCACUCCAGCUCCUAGUGGCAUUAAGGUCUACGAAAUUGCUGCUGGAAAUUACUUCACUUGUGGAAUUCUUGCUGAGAAAUCUCUCGUACCUGUUUGCUGGGGUCUUGGGUUUCCUAGCUCUCUGCCUUUGGCAGUCUCACCAGGACUUUGCAAAACUACUCCUUGCUCACCCGGUUCUUAUGAAUUUAACAAUGAGAAUGCACCUUGCAAGUCUCCCAAUUCCCACGUCUGCUUGCCUUGCAGUAAUGGUUGCCCUGCUGAAAUGUAUAAGAAAACUGAAUGUUCCUUGAAAUCUGAUCGUCAAUGUGAUUAUAAUUGUUCAAGUUGUUAUUCAGCUGAAUGCUUUUCAAAUUGUUCUGCGUUGUAUUCUGAUGCUGCUAAAGGAAAGAAGGACGAUAGGUUUUGGUCAUUGCAAUUGCCAGUCAUCAUAGUGGAGAUUGGCUUUGCUGUAUUCUUGGUGAUUGUAGUAUCUGCGACGGCUAUUUUGUAUGUUCGCUACAGAUUGAGGAAUUGCCAGUGCUCAGAAACGGAAUCAAAGUCCAAGAAAAACAAAGUUGGUGGUGCUUCAUUUCCUAAAGACAAUGGAAAGAUCCGCCCUGACUUGGACGAGCUUAAGAUAAGGAGGGCCCAGAUGUUCUCUUAUGAGGAACUUGAGAGGGCUACCAAUGGAUUCAAAGACGAAUCCUUAGUGGGGAAAGGGAGUUUUUCAUGUGUUUAUAAAGGGGUAUUGAAGAAUGGAACAGUAGUUGCUGUUAAAAAGGCAAUAGUGUCAUCUGAUAAGCAGAAGAACUCGAAAGAAUUCCACACUGAGCUUGAUCUAUUAUCAAGAUUAAAUCAUGCCCAUUUGCUCAAUUUGCUUGGCUAUUGUGAAGAAGGCGGAGAAAGGCUUCUGGUUUAUGAGUUCAUGGCUCAUGGUUCCUUGCACCAGCAUCUUCAUGGGAAGAACAAGGCACUAAAAGAACAGCUAGAUUGGGUUCGAAGAGUCACCAUUGCAGUCCAAGCAGCUCGGGGAAUCGAAUACCUACACGGAUAUGCUUGCCCACCUGUAAUCCAUCGAGACAUAAAAUCUUCCAACAUUCUAAUCGAUGAAGAACACAAUGCCCGUGUCGCUGAUUUCGGUCUCUCUUUGUUGGGACCAGCUGAUAGUAGCUCACCAUUAGCUGAGCUACCUGCAGGAACACUUGGCUAUCUUGAUCCUGAAUACUAUAGACUUCACUACCUUACUACAAAAUCCGAUGUUUACAGCUUUGGUGUGUUGCUUUUGGAAAUCCUUAGCGGCAGGAAAGCUAUAGACAUGCAAUACGAAGAAGGAAAUAUCGUGGAAUGGGCAGUUCCUCUGAUCAAAUCAGGAGACAUAUCAAUGAUUUUGGAUCCAGUUUUGAAGCCUCCACCUGAUCUUGAAGCAUUGAAAAGGAUUGCAAAUGUGGCUUGCAAGUGCGUUAGAAUGAAAGGCAAAGAGAGGCCAUCAAUGGACAAAGUAACAACAGCAUUGGAGCGUGCACUUGCACAGCUGAUGGGCAGCCCAUGUAAUGAGCAGCCAAUUUUACCUACUGAGGUGGUUCUUGGAAGCAGUAGGUUGCACAAAAAAUCUUCUCAAAGAUCUUCAAAUAGAUCAGCAUCAGAGACUGAUGCAGUUGAAGCAGAAGAUCAAAGGUUUGAGUUUCGAGCUCCCUCAUGGAUAACAUUUCCAAGUGUUACAUCUUCCCAGAGAAGAAAAUCCUCAGUAUCAGAAGCAGAUGUUGAUGGGAAAAACUCAGAAGCAAAAAAUCAGGGAUACAUUGGAAAUGCUGGGGAUGGUUUAAGGAGCUUGGAGGAAGAAAUUGGGCCUGCUUCUCCUGGAGAAAGAUUGUUCUUGCAGCAUAAUUUCUGAAUUAUCCUAAUACAUUUCGAGCUUUUUGAUUGUUGUUGUUGGGUUUUUAUUUUAGUUUCUUGCAGGAUGAGCAUGUAAAGAAAAGGGGAAAAAAAAUAUGGGAGGAUGUAAUUUGCUGAGUUACUUCUUAUUAGUGAUGCCGGUAUCUCUCUUGUCCUUUGUGUUUAAUUUUGUAAGCUUCAGCAAGCAUUUUAUGGAAGAAAUUUUUUAGGUAAUGACUCGCUAUCCUAUGAAUUAUUUUAUUUUUCUUAUUA